AGAUGAUCGACGAUGAUGUUGUGUGCGCAACCUACCCUUCACCACUCUACUUGCACAUCCACCACGACACCGCGCUUCGCACCAUUAUCAGUGGACUCAAGUCAAAGUAGGGAAGCGCAGGGGCACUAGCAGCUACUUCCGAGCCUCUUUUCUUUGAGUUGCAAGAUGGCAGACUCGAUCUACGCACCCCGUCCGGACCAGCAAGCUGAAGCUGAAGCUGCUGCAAGUCAAGCAGGCACCAGCAUCGACUCUCCAGACGGCGCUGCAAGUCAAGAUCAGGACCAGGACAUGCUUCCUGCUCCUCCUCCACACCCGCACCUCAAGCAGCCCAAGCUAUUCGUGUCUGGUCUGGAUCCCAACUUGUCAGACAAGGACAUCGUUGGCAGCGUCUUUGAACAGUACCUCCCUGUUCGCUUGCGUCUUGAUCGCGAAACCGCGGAAGCUCAAGGCACGCCUGCCAGCGGCACUGUCGAGUUUCAGUCUCUGACAUCAGCGGAGAAAGCUUUGGCGACUAUUCGGGGGGGAGUGCACCUCAGCACUAGCGAGCAAGCAGAGGAUCCUGUCAGCGGCAGCAAAUCCAAGCCACGCCUCAUCAAGCAGCUUCCACCUGGCACAGAAGAUGUGGACGUGUACGACUUGUUCCGACCUUAUGGUCCUCUGGUCAGAGCCAAUCGCAUCCUCACAAAUCCAGCUGGUCAGCACACCGGCUUCAGAGGCAUGGCCCUGGUAGAGUACUUUGAGGAGGAGCACGCGCAGGCUGCACAGAACGAGCUUCACUGCACAGACUAUCAAGGCAAGACCAUCUCCGUCGCCAUCGACAAUGUCGCUCGCAGGCCCAGCGCGGCCAAUCAGCACGCAUUCAGUCCCUCCGCUGCAGUCUUUGUUCCCGGCGGUGGUGGCAGCUUCAACGCGUCAGCACCGGCGUUCAGGCCGCCAGGGCAGACCAACAACGGUUCUGGCUCUUCCAUCUACGCAUCGCAGCCAGCCCCUCCUCAGUUGAACCAGCAGCAAGUGGGGCCAAUCAUUCCCGUUCCUGGCACGAAUUUGCAGUACAGCGCUUCAGCUGCUACGUACAUCGAUCCUUGCAACCUCUUCUGCAAGAAUUUGGACCCGGAAAUCGACUCCAACGACUUGUUCAACGCUUUCAAGUCGUUUGGCAAGAUCGUCUCUGCCAGGGUCAUGCGGGACGAUAGCGGGGUAAGCAGGGAAUUUGGCUUUGUCAGUUACACCAACGCCGACGACGCGAGUAGAGCGUUACACGCAAUGAACAAUACCCAAAUGGGCGCAAAGCAGAUGAGCGUCAGGCUGCAUGAACCCAAGCGGAUGCGGGAGCAAAAAUUGGCAGCCAAGUUCGGUGGCGCAUCGGCGGACAGCCCACCUAUCAGCGCGGGUGGAGCAGCCUCGGAAACGAACGGCAGUCCAAGCGGUACGCCUCAAGUGGAGCACACGGCUGCUGUCAGGAACGCAAACAAGAGGCAAAGUAACAGCUACUUCAAAGCUGCCAUGGAGAACUCUGGAACCAUUUUGGAUCACGGCGAGCUGGCUGCUAUGAGCCCUGCUGUCCGCAACGAGAUGGUGGCUGGAGAAUUCACAAGAAGAGUCAAGGACUUGCCCACUGUCAAACCCAGUCAGGUCCAAGACAUCGUUCUCGAACUGCUGAAGCUCAAGCUUGCCGAGCAGGUCGAAGCUCUGAACAAUCCCAUCGAGCUGAUCCAGCGCGUCAGCGAUGCGCGCGACGUGCUGCCCCCUUCACCAGUCCAGUCAAGACCUGCUCAACCUUCCGGCCUAUUGGGUGUGCCUAUCAACCCUUCUGGCAGCCUGGCCGGCACGGACGGCGCCAGCUUCGUCUCGACAGCGCCCGCAUCGGCUAAGGAGCGAGAGCGCUUGCUGAGAGCGGUCACCAACUCCGUGCCCAGUGGAAGUCCAGUCGAGGACAUCACAGACAUGCUCGUGAGCCUGAACAAAAAGGAGCGAGCUUUGUGUCUUUUCAAUCCUGAAUUUUUGAAACAAAAAGUCGAGGAGGCCAAGGAGAUUUUGGACAUUUCGGAGGCCGAUUCGGACGAGGGUCCCGCUGGAUCCAUCGCAUCUGGUGCAGCUGGCGCUACGACUGGAGGCGGCAAGACGAGAAUUACACCUGCAGCACUCGCAGCCGUCUCCGAGGCCGGCGUAUCUUCUUCAGAGGUGGCCGCAUCUGCCCAAACGCACACUUUGGCUAGUCUAGCACGCUUGCCUGCCAUCGAGAUCGUCCGCCUGGCCACAUCGCCAAACUCGUCUGGAUCAGCUGGGCUGCCGUUGCCCAAGGCGGACGCAUCCGUCUCCCAGUCGACCAACGCGUUCAUCGAUUCUUUGAGCAGCAAGCCGCCGCAAGAUCAGAAGCAAGCAGUUGGAGAACAGCUCUACAAAAAGGUCAAGAGCUUCGGCGUGAAGGGAGCGCCCAAAAUCACCAUCACCUUGCUGGAUUCCGAAGAUCUUCGAUCUCUUGCCCAUCUCAUGAACUCCUACCCAGAGGUUCUGAGAGAAAAAGUUUUGCUCACUCCGGCAAAAUAGAGGUCCCAUCUGACAUCUGUCGAUCCGCACGCCCCCCAAAGCGACCCUGCUGAGCCUCUUCAAAAUACCCUUUUGCAUUCUUUCUCACCCCAGCAACUUGGCAACGGUCGCGAUCGCACCCGUUUCGCCCUUCACAAUCUUUUGUCAAUGCGUUCCCCAUCGUUCUCGUCUGUCCCGGCAAUCGGCGACACCUGCUGCAAGCCUUGUCCCCAUCAUUCACUUCGGUGCCCUAUCCAGCCGUCCGAUGUGAAAUGACACACAUUGUCACGCACUGCUUGUCUGGGAAUGCCCAGCGGGGGCGAC